AUUCGAGUCUGAUCAGGAAAAGUAACGGAGCAUAAAUAUCACGUGUUGGGUUCGGCGUUCUCGUUCUGAAGCCUUUCUGAAAACGCCAUGGAGCGAAUUCUUCACUCUCGUUUACCAGAAGAUCAGAAAAAACUUAUUGGACUUCAGUCUCAAGAUGGCAGAGAGGCAGAGGCAUUCACAAACGCCUUUCUAAAGAACAGUAUUCCCGGCCUCAGCAAGGAGGCCAUUAAUCAGUUCAUGGACCGGAAGGCUGUUGUCCUAGAGUACCCCAGAAAGAAAAAGGAGAAGCCAAUAAAGAAGAGGUCUAAAGGACUAAAUGCCAAGCAGAGAAGAGAGAUGAAGAUCUUUCAACUGAAACCAGAGCACCAGAGGUAUGAACUGUUCUUGCCACUCCAUGAGCUGUGGAAGCAGUACAUACGAGACCUGUGUAACGGACUAAGACCUGACAGCAAUCCACAGUUAAUUCAACAGAAACUCCUGAAAGCUGAUUUUCAUGGAGCUAUAAUCACAGUGGAAAAAUCCAAAUGCCCGUCAUACGUGGGCACGACGGGAAUCCUGGUCCAAGAGAUGAAGCACAUUUUCAAAAUCAUCACCAAAGAGGACAAACUGAAAGUCAUCCCCAAGCGCAACAGCGUGUUUGCUGUGGAAAUCGACGGAUUCACCUCCCAUAUCUACGGCAGCAAGUUCCAGCUGAAAUCCAGCGAGAGGUCGGCUAAGAAGUUUAAAGCGAAGGGAACCAUAGAUCUCUAAGGGAGACAAAUGGUGCCAAUGUCUCAUCCAGUUAAAAUGGGCCAGGAAAUGUCAUUUGUUAUUUCUUUUUGUUUUAUAAGCAUGAUGUGUAUUUAAUUGAUUAUUGUCAUUUUAUUGAUAUAUGAACAUGUAAUGCAUAAUUUCUAUAUAUUUUUUUACAUUUCUUUAAAGACAUUCUUCAUGUUAUGGAGUUCUAAAAUAUUAUUUUAAGUUUUGGUGUAUAUUUUCAUUUAGACCCAACCAUUGUUCUGUGCAAUGAUAUUUGGUUGUGCAGUUCAUUGACUCAUUGACAGAGGCAUCAACGGGUUUGGUUUAAAAAAGCAAUAAAAUAUAAGCAACACCAAAAUGGCUUGCACAGUGAA